CGAAGGAGCAGCUGGCCAGAACGACUGGUCUCAACUCUGCAAAGCAUAAAAAGUGAAAUCUGGGUAGAUACCUUGCCUGUACUCUAUCGUGAUUUAAUUAGAUAGCUCCAUGCCUCUGGCAAGUUGAGUGUAAAUCGCUGUUCUUGCGCUGUUCUUUAUUGUUGUCUUUAUUUGCUGCCUCUCGUGGUACAAAACUUAGACAUGACUAGCUGGCUAGCCAACCAGUCAGCUAACUGAACUCCAAACUCCAGUGUGCUGGCUUGUUAGCAAGUAAACGUCCGCAUGCAGACGCAAAGAGGGAUGACGAAGAAUAUGUUGAUUCAUUUCUGGUGGAAAAAAAACUUAGGUUGACGAGGUAAAAUUGCAAGCCUUCUGUUAACGUUCACGCCUGAAGAAGACCGCUGGAAUCGGUUACAUGGACCCUCGUGUGCAAAGACGAAGUGAGGAUGGGUCCGACAAGUCAACAUGGAUCCAAUGUGUGUAGUCCCUUGGAUUACGUUCCAACCAGCCUUAUGGAUCGUUAGAAGUACACAAGACGGAGGGCGAAGGUGCACUUCUGGGUAUUUUCCAUCCGAACGAGGUCAUCAUAUGAACUUUUACUUGUCAGCUGUCAAUUACAGCGGAGAAUUGUCCAGCAAUUUUCGCCUGACCUCUCUGGAUACCAUGAUGGACACCGGGGACAAGAUGUUAUUACGAUCUGUGGACGGGGGUGCCCACAGCGCAGUGGUCCCCGCCGUUUCACCCCACAAUUCGUCCUUGUCUGUGAGUCCCACUCCUGACGCUGACUACCGUGGCUGUAAGAAUGGUGCGUUGAUGGACUCCUUCGGAAUAUUCCUUCAGGGACUGCUGGCGGUUGUGGCCUUUAGCACGCUGAUGUUGAAGCGCUUCAGGGAGCCCAAACAUGAGCGAAGACCCUGGAGGAUAUGGUUCCUGGACACCUCUAAACAAGCAAUCGGGAUGCUGUUCAUUCACUUUGCCAACGUCUACCUGUCCGAUCUUACCAAGGAGGACCCCUGCUCACUGUACCUCAUCAACUUCCUCCUGGACGCGUCUCUGGGCAUGCUGGUGAUCUACGCGGGCGUGCGCGCGGUCAGCGCGGUGGUGGAGUGGAGGCAGUGGGACUCGCUGCGUUUCGGGGAGUACGGAGAGCCGGUGCAGUGCUGUGCCUGGGUAGGGCAGUGUGCCCUCUACAUUCUCAUUAUGAUGUUUGAGAAGGUCUUCAUCAUCCUGGUCCUGCUCAUACCACAGUGGAAGAAGCUGGCUCUUCUUAACCCUAUAGACAACCCAGAGUUGGAGCUGGCCAUCGUCAUGCUCAUCGUCCCCUUCUUCGUCAAUGCUCUGAUGUUCUGGGUGGUGGAUAACUUCCUGAUGAGGAAGGGCAGGACAAAAGCCAAGCUGGAGGAGCGGGAGGGCGGGGACAGUUCCCGUGGCAACAGCAAGGUGCGCUACAGACGGGCGCUCUCCCACGAGGAGUCUGAGUCUGAGGUCCUGAUCUCUGCCGAUGACGAGAUGGACGAGUCCGACAUGGAGGAGGACAUGCGCAGGCUCACCAACCUCAAGCCCGUGAAGAAGAAGAAGCACCGCCUUGGACUUCCUGUCUGACCCUUCCUGUGCCACCCAUCCUACCCUGCCCGUUCUCCACACCUCGCUGCCUCCAUCACCACCCCCUUCCCUGGCUUCAUGGCUCUGGGGGGAAGCCAGACCCCCUCUAACGCAGUGCUGGCAGAACUGACAACCCUGAUAGCAGUGUGGAGGUCGAGGGGAGAUACUUUGAGUGACGGUCAGGGGAGCCAAUCGGCGUCCCCCGUCUCCAGGGAUCCUGGUCAGUAUUGGAGCCAGGCAUAAUGCACAAAACCUGGAGUGCUGGGAGAAGAAUGAGGGAAAAUGCAAAGGGAUGAUUUCUGUAAGGUGCUCUCUCUGAUGUCAGAACGUGUAGGGCGGAGACGAUGAAGGGAGAGGCUUUCCUCGUCAUCCUCACUCUGAAUGUUACUUUAUAUCGUGUCCUGUGUUCUCAGUUCUCCAUCUGUUGGUUGGAGUGAAAUAUCUUCUCUGGAGUGGCUGGGGGAGAUCCUGUACUAUGCAUUAGUGUUAUGCGUUCUUAAGUAUGACAUCUCUGAGUUUAAUGAGUUUAAGGGUAUCACGGUAUGUAGGGUUUCUGUGGCCAUUCCAGUCAAAGGACCCACAGUGGGAUGGGAUGUAGGACUGAGGGAAAGGGCACUUAAAUGGUCAGUCUGGUUUAUCAUUCACUUAUUGUAUUGUCUCUAAUAUGUUGUCAUACUGGGACACCUGCACAUGAUAUCCAUGUUACCCCAGCCUAAUAUGUACAUGUUUAGUCUGGCUGCAAAUCCUUUAAAGCGGUUUGUGAGCAGUCUGUCUGUGUAUCUCUGACUGACUGCUCUGCCAGGGCUCCUGUGGGCUCUGUUUAUGUCUGGCUGUGACUCCAGGUACUCCUGAUUUACAUGACUAACACUGAAUGAAUGUAGAUUCCAUUUGUAGAUGUAAGCAGGUUUCUUGAACACAGAAGGGAAAUGUAACCAAACUCAAGCACAUAAGUUGGGCAGAUCAGCUCUGCGCUGCCUCCGAUAGUGGUUUAUUGAGGGUUUUAUUGCCCAUUGUAAAAAUGAGAUUAGGGUGUUGCUGGUACCAAGGUUCAGGAAACCCUUUGCACAUCCGAUUGGUGACCAUGAGCUGCUCUUACUCUGGACAGAAUAGGGAAUGCUUUUGUGUUCCUCACAUACCUCCUCAGAACAAUGCAGUAGGACCUCUGUGUAAUAGAAUAUAGGAUUUCUUUUGGGGAUUAUCAUCGUUUUUUUUAUUUUUAUUAUGGUAUACCAUUUGGGAGCUUCCAGGGAUUCUCAUUCCAUGUUUAAAUAUACCUUAUGGCCUUGGUGUCCUGAAAAAUGUUACGGUUCAGAUUUUGGUCGAUACACUGUGAUCCAUAAGUCACUGUGUCCUUUGUUGUGUGGCUCUGUGCCUCCUACCUGUGUGUUCUGAUGAUUUACUUCUUCAGGCUCUGUGUGUGUGCGUGUGCGUGUGUGUGUGUGUUUGUGUGUGUGUGCGCAUGCAUGUGUGUGCGCGCGUUUGUGCGUCCAUGUGCCUAUGUGCAAGGGUAUACAAGUGGGAGAAAUGGGCUUGGUCAAACGUUUUCUGAUGUUAAAGGUUAUCUGGUUAAUCCUCAACAAAGAAACAUUUGCGUAUGGCAGUAGUUUACCAACAGUAUGGCAGAUGAUAUUGAAGCAUUGUGGGGUCCUCAGCAAGAAAAUGUGAAAGAUAGCAGAAAAUUAUCUUAAAUGUUUUAAGAUUCAUAAAUCGUAACAUUUUAUUUUGGCAGAUGUGUUCCUCAUGAGCAGUGGAACCAGUGUGCCAAAUUUUUGUCCCAGACUCCCUGUCAAACAGGGCACGGGCUGAGAUCCUGAAUAUCAGAAUUCUGUUGUGCACUAAUGCCAUCUUGUAGCCAAUCUGUGUAUUAUUUGAACUGAAAUAAGAGUUUAGCCAUCGAAAAACAAACCAGUCAGCCUCCGAACGUAUUAUACAGCCAUUACCUGGUUAUUAUUCUGAUUAUUAGAGCAUAUCCACUGCUUUCAGCUAAUCACCUCUGAGAGAUGACUGGCAGCAGGAAAUGACCUGAGGACUGAGCAUUGUCCUGUAAACUGCUGGGAAAUGUAAUCUGGUCUCACACACACACACACACACACACACACACGCACACGGUGGAGCAUGGAGGCACGGCCUGUAUGAGUUUUCACGUUGUGUCUUGGGUGUCUUGUUAAAAGGAUGAACUUUUCCCCCAUGUUUAUCUUCUCUGUCUCAUGGACAGCUGUGAGUAAAAGGGACCAGGAAGCUUUUCUUAUUAACUGUAUUAACCUCAAGGAGCUGGGACUGAUGACCACAAGUCGGUCUGCUUUGUGAACCAUUUUUAAAGAUGAAAAACGUGGUGCAUUUGUGCGGUUCAGUGCAGAUGCGGAUGGUAGCUGGACUGAUGAUAAAAUGUGGGAAAGUUGAGAAACAACCGUGGAGAACCACUGUCACCCUCACUUCCCCCACUAUUCCCGGAGAAGAAGAGUACAUGCAUAAUGUGCUUACGUUGCAUAUGUUUGCAAUAAAGUUCAUCAAAAUGUCCACUAA